GUAACUAGGGUGGCUCCGUGGAAAGGCGACGGCGGUCGUCUGUCUGUCUGCGUUCCUGCGUUAUAUUAACACCAAAGUACCGAAAUACCGAGAGCAAGCGAUCAAUUGAACACCAGGAAAUCUUCUUAAACAAUUCGGUUUGUUAACGCGGAUGACAGAGGCUAAAAUAAGGACGCAGUAAUGGUAAUAAAAGUGAAAGUAGCCGCGCUGCUAACGUUAGUUUUGAAGAAAGAGUGAAGGGUGAGAGAAGCCAUUUUGUCCCGGACUGAGUGAGCAGUGGAAAAUACAGGAAAUAUUCUCAACAGAGUAAAAACAUUCAUUAUUAACACAAUAUUCUACCCAGAGUUGUUUAACCCGGGUUUUGGACUGUCUAAAACCGUUUUAGCUUGUCAGCUAGCGACAGCGGUACAGAAUAGUAGCAAAGCUACAUUAGCUUAGCUUCAAGCUAUCAGCAGCCACACAGCGGCCGGACUGGUUUCUGAACCGUUCACCACAAACAUGGCAAAGAAAACCUACGAUCUUCUGUUUAAACUGCUCCUGAUCGGAGACUCUGGUGUGGGCAAAACCUGCGUGCUGUUCCGCUUCUCAGACGAUGCCUUUAACACCACCUUCAUCUCCACCAUAGGAAUCGACUUUAAGAUCAAAACAGUUGAAUUGCAAGGAAAGAAGAUAAAGCUACAGAUAUGGGACACGGCGGGUCAGGAGCGCUUCCACACCAUCACCACCUCCUACUACAGAGGAGCCAUGGGUAUCAUGCUCGUCUAUGACAUCAGCAACGCCAAGAGCUUUGAGAACAUCAGCAAGUGGCUCCGGAACAUUGACGAGCAUGCCAACGAGGAUGUGGAGAGGAUGCUGCUAGGCAACAAGUGUGACAUGGAGGACAAGCGAGUCGUACCAAAGGCCAAGGGGGAACAGAUUGCCAAGGAACAUGGAAUCCGCUUCUUUGAGACCAGUGCGAAAGCCAACAUCAAUAUCGAGAAGGCCUUCCUCACGUUAGCAGAAGACAUCCUCAGAAAGACACCUGUAAAAGAGCCCAACAGUGAAAAUGUGGACAUCAGCUCUGGAGGAGGAGUUACAGGAUGGAAGACCAAGUGUUGCAGUUGAACAGUUUCUCUCUCUCUCUCUCACACACACAUGCACACAUGCUCACACCCCUACGGUUUCUCCUGUUCUGUCUCGCAUUUCUCAGCCGUUCAUAUCUACCUGGCUUUGUAUCUAACUCAUCAUUCACUCACUCUUUCAUCCUCUCUCUCUUUAACCCCUUCUUAUCUUCUCCUCUCUUGUCUGCUUGCUGAUGAUCAUUUUUAUUUCUGACAAAAAAAGAGAAUUGUAUAGAUAAAAGGAGAAAUCAUGUCACGCUUCUUGUCAUUUAUUUUAAAGGUUUAAAAAGAGGGAAAUGCAUCCUGCUUCACCACUACAUUUUUAAUAAAGAUGAAAUGAAAACGUCAGGGUCUCCCAGCACCUGCCGGACCUGUUUUGUUUUUUUUUGGUUUAUUUUUUACGACUUGACCAUUCAGUCGGAGGCGCGUGAACAUGCUUCAGCUCAGUUUUGUACAGUUUCUAAUUGGUGAUGGGUUUCUGUGUAGAUAAGGUAACGGUUAGUGUGUAAAGAGCUUUGUGUAGAUAAAGUUCUUUCUAUCAAUUUUUUUUCUUUUGUCUGGUGCCUUAACGUGGAGCCGAAAGGCCUAACCUCUCAUCCUCCCUUAACACACCACCCCCAUACACAUACACACGCGCGCACACACACACACACAGAAACAACACCUUUUGAUUACACCGACCUCCCCAGCUCACCGGUACAGACUUGUAUAAACUGAAGAGAAUGGCAUUUAUAUUUUUCUUUUUCUUUAUGUUCAGAAUUUCACAUUUCUAAUGUGGGUUUUUGUGUGCUCACUCUUCUCAUUCAUUCUCUCUCCUGCAUGCCAUUUUUCUUUGGUUUUAAAGACUUGUGCAUCGUUUGCAGUGGAAGCGGCUGCACUGAGUGUGCUCAGUCUUGGUAGGGUGGUGUAGUUUUCUUUGGAAAUUCAGACUUUUUUUGUUUAACAGAUCCAUUAAAAAUAACCUUGUUGAAGUUA